AUGAGAGAGACAAACCAGUCGAGUGUCUCUGAGCUCCUCCUCCUGGGGUGCUCCAGGCAGCCCCAGCGGUAGCAGCUCCUCUUUGUGCUCUUCCUGAGCAAGUACCUGGCCACGGUCCUGGGAAACCUGCUCAUCCUCCUGGCCAUUAGCCUGGAUUCCCACCUGCACAUCCCCAGGUACUUCUUCCUCUGCAGCCUGUCCUUCAUGGAUGUUUGCUUCUCCUCCACCGCUGUCCCCAAGAUGCUGGCCAACCACAUACUCAGGAUUCAGACCAUCUCCUUCUGGUGUCUCAUGCAGAUGUAUUUUGUUUUCAUGUUCGUGGACAUGGACAGUUUCUUCCUGGGUGUGAUGGCCUAUGACAGCUUUGUUGCUGUAUGCCACCCCUUACACUACUCAGCAAACAUGACCCACCAGCUCUGUGCCCUGCUGGUCACUGGGUCAUGGGUCAUUGCCAGCCUGAAUGUCCUGUUGCAUACCCUGCUGAUGGCUCAACUCUCAUUCUGUGCAGACAAUGCCAUCCCCCCCUUCUUCUGUGAUGUGACCCCCCUCCUGAAACUCCUGCUCUGACACACACCUCAAUGAGGUGAUGAUUCUGACUGAGGGUGCCCUGAUCAUCACCUCAAUGAGGUGAUGAUUCUGACUGAGGGUGCCCUGAUCAUGAGCACCCUAUUUGUUUGCAUUCUGGUAUCAUAUAUCCAUAUCACCUGUGCUGUCCUGAGAGUCUCGUCCACAAAGGGAAGAUGGAAAGCCUUCUCCACAUGUAGCUCCCACCUGGCUGUCGUUUCCUACUUCUAUGGCACCAUAAUUGCUGUGUAUUUUAACCCUUUGUCCUCCCACUCAUCUGAGAAGGACACCACAGCUACUGUGAUGUACACAGUGGUGACCCCCAUGAUGAACCCUUUCAUCUGCCUGAGGAACAGGGACUUGAAAAGGGCUCUUGGAAAAGUGGUUGGCAGAAAAACGUUUUCUGUCUGA